GUGACGGAUAUUGAAAAUUUAGUUGUGGCUCCAAUAUCUAAGGCUUCAGCCCGACAAAGGGCUGGUAGGGCCGGAAGAGUGCGGCCAGGAAAGUGUUACAGGCUUUAUACAGAAGAAUAUUUUAUGAACGAGAUGUCUCCUGAUGGUGUACCAGAGAUGCAAAGAUCAAAUCUUGUUUCCUGUGUGAUUCAGUUAAAAGCUCUAGGGAUAGACAACAUUUUGGGGUUCGACUGGCCAGCAUCAUCUUCUCCUGAAGCACUAAUCAGAGCACUCGAAGUGUUUUACUCACUUGGAGUAAUCGAUGAUGAUGCAAAACUCACAUCUCCUGCUGGAUUCCAAAUUGCAGAAAUUCCUUUAGAACCAAUGAUUUCCAAAAUGAUUUUAGCUGCAAAUGACUAUGGCUGUUCUGAGGAAAUCAUCACAAUCGCUGCCGUGCUGUCUAUACAGUCGAUAUGGUUCUCUGAUAGAGGAGCUCAAAUGGAAUUGGAUGAAGCUAAGUUGAGAUUUGCCGCCUCUGAGGGGGAUCAUGUGACUUUCUUGAAUGUGUAUAAAGGAUUUAUCGAGUCUGGUAAAUCUUCAAACUGGUGUCACAAAAAUCAUGUAAACUACCAUGCCAUGAAAAAAGUUGAUGAAAUCCGAAAACAGCUGAGAAGGAUUGUUCAACGUUUAGGAAUAGCCCUGAAAUCUUGUGAAGGUGAUAUGCAGGUAGUUAGGAAGGCAAUCACUGCUGGAUUUUUCGCUAAUGCUUGCCGUUUAGAUGCAUUCAGUCAUAACGGGCUAUACAAGACCAUACGAAGCUCCCAAGAAGUAUAUAUCCAUCCUUCUUCCGUGCUAUUCAGCCGUCUGAUUUCAAAUGAUGGGCAAAUUAUGAUGAUAUCCGACGGUGGUGAUGAGCCCAAGAGCGGGCCGGGUUUUCUUGAAUGGGGUUUUUCGACCAAAAUCGAGACUUGUGAGCCGACUUACGGGUUUUUGCCGUGCUCGAGCAAUGCUUGGGGGCUUCUUUUCCUUAUUGUUGUGUAUGAGAUUUUGCUGUCUAUUGGGGGAAGAUAUGUGGGGAUGGGCUCUGAGUUGUUUUUCCAGAUGAUUGGGCCUGGAAUUUUCGGAGCCAGCUUGUUUCAGUUAUUGGGCACCAUACCACAAAUUGUCUUGCUUCUUGUUUCGGCACUUUCGGGCUCCGUGGAAGCUGCUCAACAACGGGCCACGCUCGGGAUGGGAUUAGUCGCAGGGUCAACUGUUAUGCUUUUGACUUUAGUUUGGGGCAUUUGUGUUGUCCUAGGAAGCUAUGAUUUGUCAGAGGCCCCUACUGAUGAUGAUAAAUCUGCAAGCCCGAAUAAAUUCUCAAAAGCUGGCAGUAAUUAUGGCGUUAUUACAGAUGCUGAGACGAGCUACACUGCUCGGCUGAUGUUGAUAACGUUGGUCCCGUUUUUCGUACUUUUACUAACAAAAGUUUUCAGCUCGUCUAAUGGGAGACGCGUGAUUAUUCUUAUUGCCUUCAUCAUCACUGUCGUUUUACUAGUCGCUUAUAUCUUCUAUCAGAUAUUCAGGCCGUGGGUUCAGAACAGAAGAUUCGAGUAUUUGAUGAACAAAUAUGCCAAAGACAAGCUUCUUCGACUCCUCUCAAGAAAUGGCAAACCCGACACUAGCAAAAUACAACGAUUGUUCGAUAGAAUAGACAAGGACAGUAGUGCAUCGGUAUCAGCAUUGGAGCUCAGAGUUCUUCUCCUAGGAUUGAAAUUAGACGAUGAUUUGAGCACAGAAAGAGAUGUCCAGAAUGUUCUAGAAUCUUUUGAUGUAUCGGGAGAUGGCCGUAUUACUCGGGACGAGUUCAUCACAGGCAUGACUAAAUUAGUCUACGACUUGUUUGACCAAACUCCCGGUCUCGUUAAAGUGUCCGGCGCAUUUUCUUUCGUAAUAUUCGGCACGGUUUUGCUUUGCGCGCUUUCCGAGCCUCUAAUCAAAAGCGUCGUGGGUUUUAGUCAAGCCUCGAAUUUAUCCUCAUUCAGCGUCUCGUAUUUGGCCAUACCUUUUGCUAUGAACUAUGGAGUUGCGGUUAAUUCGAUUGCUUCCGCUAGACAGAAGUCGCAAAAAUCGAUUUCCUUAACACUUUCUUCUGCAUUUGUGGGCCGAUGUUUUCGGCGAAAUUUUGGUGGUUUUGAUCGUCUGCAUCUUGAUGACUGUGCUCACGAGCAUGCGGACAACUUUUACUCGUCUCACGGGCUGUCUUGUGCUGCUACUGUACCCGAUUUCGUUGGCCUUGGUUUAUUUGCUUACUACAUCUUUCAUGUGAUGAGGCCUUUACAAGAACAAAAUCAGAUUAUUUAG